UUCCACCAACUCCUCCGCCCGUGACGCGGAGCGGCGGCCGGGGCUCCUUAAUCCGCGUUUAUCUCGAAUGUUCCGCAACAUUUGGCGGCGGCUCGUCCCCCUCGCUUCGCGCCGCUGCUCCGGCACGCGGUCACGGCGCCCUCCGCCGCGGCCAACUACGAGCGCGGCAGGCGGGUCUCUAGCGCGACGCCGCCGUUUAAUUGCGUUUUCGCCCCCGAACCGAUCCAGGAUCGGGGCUGGGGGGUGCGUGCGCGGAGGUGACGGGAGGAUGGUCCGGUUUUAUGGGUUUAUUUAUUGGGGUUGUUGAUGUGCUCCGGGAAAGUGGACUUGCGCUGCUUUGCACACUGUGCGCCAGCUCGGAGCGCCAGGAGCUCGUGCCUCGGGGUUUUUCUGCCACGGUGACAGCUCCACAGCUCGUCCUUCUUCUGAAUGAGUGUGUGUGACAGCCUCCUCCUCCUCCUCCAUCCUCACUCCCAGUGCUCAUACAAACUACAGUUUACUGUCAGCAAAGGAGAGUCACUGGGCGGCUUUACGUGUCAAUUAUCUUUAAGUAAAGCAAAGCUUCCAAUCUUGGUUCUUGGUUCUUGGUGCUCUGGGACUCCAGAUAUUUCCUGAGCUGCAACAUUUAAUGCGUGUCAGUAAUACAUGAAACGGUCCAGCACUCGAUAAUUAGCAGUGUUUGUUUGAGUUAUAUUUAGCAAAUAAUAGUUGAUGGUUUACUUCUGUCAAAACCUGCUGUGACUCAGACUCGUUGAUCUGCCACCACUUCUUAUACAGAACGGCUCAAAGACCGCCUCAGCUAAUCAGAUAUUUAAAAUGUUUAUUGUUUUAGAGAGCUUACAUUUAUACAGUACAAAGUUGGCAUAAUGUUUUGAAUUCGUUCUAUUACCAACAUGAAAACAUGUUUUCAUAUAUUGUUUACCAACAUAUGAGGCCAUAGGUUUAUGGUAUUUUAGUCAGGGGAAAUAAUGAGAGGUCUUCAGUGCGCUGCUGCUUGUCUUAUUCAAAUGAAGAGACUUGAUUUGAUAUCCUCAGACAGAAACUCAAUGUGCGGCUCCUUCUGUUGUCUUAUUAUCUGGAAAUUAAAUUUCUCCCUCAUGGAUUGCAUUUCACGGUUCACCGAGUCGUUCAGCGACGGGGGCAGAUUGGGUUACGAGAAUGGAAAUGUCCGUCCAAAGAGUUGUGUCCACUAAAAAGUGCGUUUGCUUGUUUUUCGUCUAUUCAUGUACAUGUAGGCCUUGUACAUGUUUACUGAAUCACACAUUAGAGCCUUACCAGAAUCAAUAGACAAAUGUCUUACUAGGAAAAUUUAUUCAAAUUGCAUUAUGUGUCAUUAAUGAUCAGCCCACACCAGGACACGGAGGGGAGUUGAGGACAGAAACCUGUUUAAAAGGCAUCAGGAGCGAUCUCCCACUUCUCCUGACAUUUUGUCGACAAAGAGACCAUUGAUCAGACAAUAAUUACUGAAAAUGCAUCCUUGCAACUUAAUUUCUUUGACAGUGAUUGAUUUUCUCUUAAAUUUAUACUGAGCAGCAUAUGUCGCCAAUGAAUGGAAGCGGAGCCUGGGACCCGUUUCUCAGAGCGUGUGGUGGUGACAGCUGAGCGGCUUUCUAAAGAGUCCAUUCAUAUCAAAUACGCGCUUGUUGACUUGUGGAGGUCAAGUAGCACAAUCGUGUUCUGGGGCUGAAGACGAUCCGUCUCUUCAGGAUCAUCGUUGCAUAAAAGCUCACCUGCAUAGUGUGUAUGGACCCAUCUGAUGAGUGAUGAUGCUCACUGAAGGCCCACUCUGAGCGGAAACCCACCAUCGCAGCAUCGCGUGGAUGAAGAGCAAGUAGCGUAUCUGCUCCCAGAUGCUGAGACCAUGGUGAAAGCUCAGCGUAGCCACUCGCAGAUAUGUGGAAGGCCCUGGAAGCAGAAGGACGGCAACAGAAAGGGAGGCGGCGUGAAGAAGGGGACGGAAAGGAAGAAUGAGAAAAGGAAGGAGAGGAAGAAGCCGCAGCGGCGCCGGAAGAAGACGCUGGCGGCGGGUGAUGGAGACGCACUGGACUGCUGCGUCCUGCUCACCCGCCUGGAGGAGAACGGAGCUGAGGGCGAGGAGAAAGAUGCAGCCGACGCUUUAAAGGGCAAAAAGAAGCUGGAGCCCCGCUCCGCUCGCAGGAGGACCAAAUGUGGACUAAAGGAGGCUCCCACAGCGGAACAGAAUGCACCUCAACCAAAACUCACCCGACCCGACGCCUUACUGGUGUGUAGCGCACCCGUGCUGGAGCCCCGGCGGCGCAGGAUGGCCUCGCUCAACGCCGAGGCCGUCAACAGCCUGCUGCUGUACAGGCACCAGUCUGUGGCGCCCGCCAGCAGGGAGCGGCCUCGCGGCGCCGCGCGAGCGAAAGGCGACGAGACGGCCGCCAAAGCGCCGCCUGCGGAGGGGGAGGAGGGGCGGGAGGAGGGGGAGAAGCCGAAGAAGCCGCGGCGCUCGCCGGCCGCGGCGCCGGACAUCGACUGGCUGGCUCUGCUCACGCCGACGCCCCGGCGCCAGGCCGGCCUCACCGCCGCCACGCUGCUCAGGCUCACCAGCGCCCAGUACGGACACAGGCGGCAGAGGAAGGCGGCGGCCGCAGCUCAGGACGAGGUCGGCGGAGGAGCAACGCAGAGCAAAAGAGCAGCGCGUCCCAAGCAGGAGCCGCUCAAGCACAGGAGACCGGGCGCGGAGGAGCCGGGCCGCCCCCCGCUGGGCUCCAGCGCCCCCCCAUGCUGCCUGUGUAAGACAGAGGCCCCGGAUCCGGAGUGGAAAGGCGGCGCCGGAGGCCAGGAGUGUCUCCCCCACGCCCUCCACCGCGGCCCCCGCUCCCUGAAGCCGAUCAAAGAGGAGCAGGCGGAGGCGACGGUGUCGUCCUGCUACUGCUGCUCCCAGGACAGGUGUGUGGAGUACUGCCACAGACUGGCCCUCUUCCUGGAGGACAAGGCCUGCAAGGAGCCGGAGGACGGCGCGCUGUCCGACGUGUUCCACCACCACCACCACCACCACCAUCACCACCACCACCACCACUCCGUAUCGCACGCAGCAGCCUUAAGCAUCAGCCCCCACAGCUACGCGUGCUUCCCCGGCUACUACGUCCACUUCAGCCGCCCGGACGCCCCUCCCUCGCCCAUGUCGCCCCUCGCUUUGUGCCCGGGGAGCGCCCCGAGGCCCAGCCCCCGGCCCGGCGCGGCUCCGCAGCCCUCAGGGAUCACCCACCCGGUGUACUGCUGCACCUCGGUGGAGGCUUGCUGCGCAGAGCCCUGCAGGAUCAACGGCUACUCGGCCUUUGCCAGUGUGAUUCCGGCGGCGAGAUGCUCCUUCGGCCCCGCGGACGGCGCCAGGUGCAAACACGACAUCAAGAGAGAUGACUUCCCGUCCGGCCUCAGUGAGCGCCACAGCGCCUCCUCCGUCCCCGUCUGCCCGAGCCCCCGGAUCCUCACCGGCUGCCCCAUUCCCGCCGCGCCUCCGGCGGGCCAGUCGGUGCCCCACGUUCAGACCCCGCUGUCCGACCCCAGCCAGCCGCAGCCGCCUCUGCAGGUGGCAAAGGAGUGCCCCCAGAGCGCCAAGUCGCCCAGCGGCUCCCGCUCCGGCGCCCGCGGCACCGGCGGCGCCGGCCCGGCCGCCUGCGCUCUCAUCAGGGGCAAGAAGCAGAAGCCGGACCCGGCCGGCGCCGCGGGGCAGACGAUCAUCAAGCAGCCGAAGAGCAGCCGGCAGAAACGCACCAACGGCUGGCGGCCCGUGGGCCCGGCCUUUCAGAGAGAGGUUUUCUCUGUGGGAGAGGAGGCUCUGGUGCUCAGGAAGUGCUUUGAGGGGAUUCAGAGGGACGGGGAACUCAUUCGGGUCAGAGACACCGUUCUGCUGAAAUCUGGACCAAGGAAGAAGUCUCUGCCUUAUGUGGCCAAGAUCUCAGCCCUGUGGGAAGAGCCAGAGUCGGGAGAGAUGAUGAUGAGUUUGUUUUGGUACUAUCGUCCAGAACACACGCAGGGAGGACGCAGCCUGAGCGUGAAUUGUGAGAACGAAAUCUUCGCGUCCCGUCACCAGGACGUGAACAGCGUGGCCUGUAUUGAAGACAAAUGCUAUGUCCUAACACUGGCACAGUAUUGUCGAUUUUGUGCCUUGGUCAAGCGCCGCCGGGAGGGCGUGCGCGGCAACGCGGCCUCGCUGGUGGUGCCGCCCGCCGCCGCCGGCGACGCCGCGCCCCUCCACCACCACUGUGUGCCCGACGACGUGGACCCCGAGCUGGUGUUCUUCUGUCGCCACGUUUAUGACUUCCGCUACGGACGCCUUCUGAAGAACCUGCAGUAGCAGCGGCCUCCUGCAGCCUCUGGGGGAGGGAGGGGAGGGAGGGGAGGGAGGGGGGGGGGGGGGGCCGGAGCUUCAGGAUGAAGGAUGGAGAGGGGAGCUUUCGUUUUCAUUUCACACGUCAUGCUCAUAAUUACCCUGCCUCCUGUUUAUUUAGUAAGAGUACCAGUUGUUAUGGCAGUGUUACCAGUCUUACAAUGGGCUUAAAUGGUGGUGUGCUGUUUGGCGCUCUGGUGUCGUAGCAGCUGUGGAACAUGCGCUGCUGUAGAAAAUGCUCCUGUAGCUCUUAGACGUGAGUUCUGAUAGAUGACAGGUCGAUGUUACAUGUGAUUAACGUUACUAUCUGCAUUUAUGCCGUAGCUGGAAAGUCAGAAGUAGAGCAUUUCAUUGUUUUCUCUAAGGAAAUGGGGAAUGGAGGUCUCUGUCCGAGUGGCUGAAGGCUCAUAAUCACCGUUGUGUUUCCUUCUCUGAUUAGUUUUUUUCUGGGCCCGUGUGAACAUGGACGAGGCCGCGCUGAGAAAUGAGGAUCCCAGUUCCCCCAGCGUUUAAUCGGCCUCGGGCUCCAGCCACAUGCACAGAGAAAGCACAGUUCGACUGGUUGAGCUCUGCAGCGACUCAGGCCAGUGAGCCAGGCAUCAGCCACUGCUUUGGAAUACUUCCUCAAAGCUGUUUGCCAGAUGUGUGAUUCGGAGUCAGCUGAGUGUGUAUUUGCAUUUAUCUGUGUGGAUGAGCGUCUCUUCACGGCAGAUGGCUUCGGUUUGUCCCCUAUAUUCUUGUUUCUUCACCAGUGAGAGCGUGAAUAAUGUAUUCAGCGUAGCAUUUAGAUCGAUGGUGAUUCAUUCCUAUGUCUGAGAAAAGAUAUGUAUUUAUUUCUGUACUGAGAAAAUAUAAUUUAUUUUCAAGAAACAUGAUUUUAAAGAAUAGAUUUUUAGACUAGAGCGGCUUUCAUUCCUGGUGAGAGAAGUUGUUUCUCCUCCUGAGACGAGAGGCGCGAGCUGCUUGUGUUUGUGUGACCUGGUGCGUGUGUGUGUUGAUGUUGACGAACCUCCGGGCGGAUGUGAGGACGCGUUGGGGGGGUUCUGACACGUGAGCGGGGAUGCAGAACCUGCAGGACCAAACCUCGGCCUCUGCCUGCUUCCGGCCGCGUCUCCCCCGAUGAUGAAGCUUUGCCUCCUCACCUUUUAAACGCUCCAGUAAUUUAAACCUACCUAGCCAUUAGCCUGUGCCCUUGAUCCUGCUGCCUUAUAGAACAUUCCCAGCCUUUCAUUUAUCGGCCCGGCCUCGGGUUACGAUGCUUCUUCAUGUGCUGAUAUUGAUUCCUAGAGCCUUGAAACGCGCCGCGGGUUCAUGUUUUUACCGCGAUGCGAAGCAGAAAACGGGCCCUAAUUAACACGUUCAAUCAGACAAAGCGAUCGUUGGUACCGAACGCUGAUCCCCUCAUUCUAAGUUUGUGGUUUCAUCGUUAAGCUCUGGUUUGGGUCUAAUGUGCCGCCACAUGCAUCACGUUCCAAAUAAUUCCAUUACCAAAGGAUGCACUUUGAGCUGAGCUGUGGACGCAGCUCAGAGGAAACAUAGUGAUCUGCAUGAAGGAGGAAACUACAAACUAAUCAUAUACUGAGAGUGUGUGUUGGCUGAACAUGCCCACAUCCUGCCCACAUCUGCUUUACUCUCUACAGAGGGUGAGCUCCAUUAAUUUGGUAUGUUAAUCUACAAAAAUAGAGUUGAGUGUAAUCAGCUAAUGGAUUCAUAUUUGACUUUCUGGCCUCCUCAUAUGAAUGAAGUGCAUAGAGCUCAGUUCAUUCCAUCAGAGCGGCGGUGGGACGUCUUCACCAGCUGAUCCAUGGUAAAUAUUCAUAGAGCCUGGAUGCUCAGGAGUCGGUUCACAGAAUGACAUUUCAUUUUAAAUUAAACCCCCGCUUGAUGUGGUUCUGGGUUCGGAAUCGCUCAGUACAUUCUGUACUAUGGCCUUAGGAAUCAUUCAGCAAAAUAAUUAUGUUUAAUCAAGAUUUGUGGAACGUCUGUCUUAAUUGGUCCUUCGUGCCUCUUCCCAUUAACCCACAAAUAUUCCGAGCGUUUUUCAUCACGAGAGGGAUGAGCAGUCGCGUUUGUUCCUUUGUACUGCCUUCUGGAUGCCUUUCAUAUUUGUCCAGUGACGCUGAUGGUUUGUUGUUGACGCACCACAAAUGUUUGCGCCACAAAACGGGGGCGAAGGACUGGAGGUGUAUCAAAACACGAAUUUACUCCCAUUCCCAGGUGUACAAAACCGAAAUUUCUUCUUCAGAUGUGAAUUUAUGUUUAUAUUCUUUGCAUGGAAUUUUUGAAAUAUGAUGGAAAUAUUAAUCACAGCACAGAAUAUUUGUAUGGUUUCAAAUGGACCUCUGUAAUAUAAAAAUAUUUAAUUGUAAUAAAUAAUAUAUGAGUUUGAAA